UUUGCCUUUCUGGCUGAAAAGUAACUAGGUAAGUAAGAAAAAUCAGAUACUAUAAUAAGGUGAUUGUUAAAAGUAUAAUUCUCAUGUUCUUAUUUGUCUCUGGGAAGCUUAAUCUUGAGAGUCAGCAUAGCUGGUAUCAGAAAAUCCAACUUUUACAUAGAUGUUUCAAGUGUGUUUUGAAUCCAUUUAAUUUUAUAUCUAUUUUAUUUCAUGCAGGAUUUGAAAUUCGAAGGGGAAGGACUCAACGAAUACAUUCCUAUGUCACUUUUAAAGACUGGCAAAACAUUUGAGAAAUUUCCAAGUCAACCAUUCAUUGCAGACCUAAAUAUUGGUAAAAAGGACAGUGCAGCCCAGCUUGGUACCCUCACAGAAAUAACUAAUGACUCAAAGGGAGCAGCAGGACCCCGCUGGAAGUUCCUGCGUAAUUCAAGAACCCCACCUUUUGUGGAGAAUGAGCAGCCUCAACCACCUCAGCCUCUGCAAAUCUGGAUCAGAUGCCUGAGGGGAUUUAAAGACAAGGCUCCUCCAGGCUCUUAUGUCCUCAAAGUGUCCCUGCUUGGUCGACUGGGAGGCUGUGUCUUGCAGUGGCGGCAAAUGGAGCAACUGAAGACCAGAACACGCUCCGUCAGGCACAACGGAAACUUUUAUGACGUGGGGCUGUAUUUCCACGAAAACCUUUAUGUGGUGCUCCCUCAAAAGAAAAAUGUGAGCCCUGGCAUGGCUUUCUUGUUUGAACUCUUUCUCCUUCGUGGCACAUAUGCUUGCCUGGACCAGGCUGUGGGCUGGGCAGUGUUCCCUUUGUGUGAUAACAACUUUAAUACAGUGGAGGGAAAAUAUAAGUGUCCCCUUCUCCGAGGACAUUAUGACCAGAAACUCAGCAACUUUAGGAAGAUUGAAGAUUUGAUUUGUCUGGACUUGGACCAUUGGCUGUGCAAUCUCUAUUUUCAGGUCAUCAAACUUCCUUUGCAUCUUGAUGGUCAAAAAAAUCAUGAAAGCCAUACUCGACUUUCCCCUGAAUUUCCAGUUUGCCUAAUGGCUAAAGGAGAGAAAGCAGAAUCAGGAGUGGAUAAUACAGCUGGCCUUUCAGAGAAAGAAAUAGAGAAGAACGCUUGUGCCUCAAUGGAUGAGGAAGAAGCUAAAUCCACGGUAUACUCUUCUCAGGGUUGGUUGACUUUUUUUCCCCAGCAUUCUAUUGCUAGUAUUUCACGUCGUGUUGUAUAA